GUAUGGAUUAUAUGAUGUCCUUUUUUCCAGAUAACAUUCUCUUAAUGUUAUUCUGUGCUUGGCCGAUAAAUUGAAGUUUGGAAUGUAAAUAAAAAUCGAUCUGAUUAUUAAGUCUACCGCCGUUAAUGUUUACAAUCCAAGGUCUUGUUGACAAAGGAGAGAAAUAGAAUCUUAUAUCGACUGGUGGAGAAACGUUAAAUCUCGUAAAGAAGGAUAUUUAAACAUUUUGAAACAUUUACAUUGGACUAGUGGUUUGAAGGACACAAUUUGUAUGCCAUUUUUAGAAAAAGAAAAAGUUAAUGAGAUUAUUUUUCAAAAGUUUUGAAAUGUGAAAAGAGAAUUGGAAUUAUAAUGUGAUCAGUAAAAAGAAAAACUAACAAAGUCGAAAUAGUUUAUGUAUGAACUAUCGCGUAUAGGACAUAAUUUUAGUUUAGGAGAGGGUAUACGAUAAAAAUAUAUAAAAAAUGAAUUUUUCAAAAUUUCGACAGACCGGGGAGUUGUCAGAUAUAACGGUCGUUGUCGACAACACAGAGUUUAAACUACAUAAAUUUCCGCUAUAUGCCAAGUCAGACUUCUUCUGUGCUUUGGCUAAAAGUCCGGGAACAGACUGUAACAGGGUGGAAUUAAAGGAGUUUCCCGGAGGACCGGAAGCUUUUGGUGUCGUUGCUGACUUUUGUUACAAUAUGAAAGUGGAUUUAACAAAGACAAAUGUCGUACAUAUUAGAUGUGCCUCAGAAGUUCUACAAAUGACUGGCUCUGGGAACUUGGCUGAAGUCUCGGAAAAGUUUUUACAAGAUACAAUUACUUCUGCUAAAAUGAGUAGAUCUACGUCUGCUAUUGUGUCAUUGUUACUUUCCUGUAUAACGGCGUCUGCUGUUGCGGAAAAAGCGGAAAUCGUUUCACAAUGUAGCGACGCUCUUGUUGAUUGUUGGCUGAAACCACCUACUAAGUUCAGUAGCCCUACUUUCUCAAAGAAAGGAUCUGACCGUGGUGAUGAAAGCAUAAGACUUUUAUUAGGAUUGCCAGUUGCUUGGCUAGUAAAACUAUUAGUUCUUGCACGAAAUAAAGGUGUCAAACACAACGUGAUGGCAGAGGUUGUCACGAAAUACGUCAUGGCUUUCAUCGAUAAAAAUGACGCUGAAGAAAAAGGGGUCGACCAAAAGAAGGCUGAUACAGUCGACUCAAAGCCAGGCCUUAAAGGAUCAAGAUCCUCUCACCACGAUCACGAUGUGAAAGAAAGUAAAGCUGGGAUAAAGUCGAAGAAAAAGUCUGAUACGGGGAAAGUUUUCGAUGCCAUUUUGUGUGAGUUACCAGAAGAGGCGUUUAGUGAGGAGUGUGUAACAACAGACUGGGUUACAAAAGCUUUGAAAUUUGCAACCUUACAUGGAUGCAAAUGUAGAAGAACUCUUGUUAGAGUUGCAGGUGAUCGUUUAAAUAGUCUGUCAGCAGACGAUCUCUGUAUUAUAUCACCAUCUGUUUUGAAAGACAUUGUGUCAGAAUCGUGUAAUGGCGAUGCCAACCAGGGACAAAAAGCUUGCCAAUUAGUCGAAAAUUACAUGAAUGAAAUGGCGCGAAAAGGUGUGCUUACAGCAGAGACAUACAAGACACUUGUGACUUCCGGUCCACCUGAUUGUAGAAAGUCACAUGAUUCGCUGUAUGGUAUACUUGAAUACGUUCUAACAGCUGGAGAAUAUUUUAUCUUAGUAUGGGUGAACGAAAAAGAUAAACUGAAUGAGGAUCAACGUACUGAGUUAAUGGAGACAGUGAACUUUAACCUCCUGGGAGAAGCCACAUUGAAGCGUGCGUUCGAUACCCAGGUUGUCCCUGCCACCUUCGUUGCUAAGGGAGCUCUUGCAUUAUGUGCUAAGUUGAAGACAGAGCUGGAAUCUGCCAAGAAUACUGUUUGCAGGCAGGAAGAUGAACUUCAGCGCUUGCGCAGAACAAAAACUGUAACGCCACAAAUGACGUCAUCAUCAUCUCCAAAGAAAGAAGUUGACUCAAGUCAUUCUAGUUUUACAGAAUUGCCAGUUCGAGACACUGCCAUGAACGGAAAUAGCUUAAAUACAGACCUGCCAACAGAUCUGCUAAGCUCUCAUAGCCCUACGCCACCAACGACAGAAGAUGUGCUUCUAGCUGCCCGGAACAAACUUGCAACAUCCGUCGCUGCGUACAACACAUUUCGACCUCUGUCCGCCGACCGUGACAGCGAUUAUUCCUACGAAGAAGACAUGGACUAUAAGUAUGACAGACAUAUUCGUUCCUAUGACAACGCAAGAAAUAAAGCAGGGCGUGGCUCCAGUUUCCGGUCUUCGUAUUUGUCCUCCUAUCCUCACAGGAUAUAGAAAUAUAUAUAAUAAUGUACUUACUUUUAGAAAAAAAGAAGCUUAAACGGUUAUAGAUUUCAUUUCAUGAGUAAAAAAAAACUGCAGUCUGAUCUUAAAAUUAGUAUAAAAAACAAUACUACAUCAGUUAAAUAUUAGAACAUAUAUUGUUACAUGUAGUACGUUAAGUUGACAAACUGAUUUAAUUAAACAUAUUAUCAGUAAUACAAUAUCAUGAUUUUCAUCAAAAUUAAAUGCACAUGUAUCGGCAUUAAAUCAUUUAAUUUUACCAGUAAAAGUGAAUUGCUUAAUACAGAUGAUGGGUAUAGUUUAUUGUUUAGCCAAGAACUUUCUUACUACUAACUUGUAAUCCAUAAAAAGCGAUCUAGUUUGGUACACUAAACUUUGGAUAAGUAAUUAUUGAUAAUAGCCGAGCUGUCCCGAUUUUAUGUUUCAUUAUUGCACAUCUCUUUAUGAUUUUAGGCUUAUUUCUUCGAUCCUCUUUGUUUCCUUUACUGAUAUAGUCAAGUCGUUACUGUUACGCUCACGAAUGGCGACAUUAUAAUUGAAACUUUUAUAAAAAGACCUGAAAUUAAUCGCCUUUAUUUGAUCUCCAGUUGUUAAGAUAGAUUAUAGUCCUGUAUGAAUUCAUGUUAUUUCAUUAGACUAAUAUUAUUUAAAAUACAACCACAUUUUCUAUAUUUAACGAUUAUUUUAUCGUAACAUUAGGAAAUAACUGUUAAGUUUAUGACAUUAUAAUUCUGUGCCCUAUAAAUUUCGUCAUGUAUUGAUUGACAGACACAUCAAGUGAAAAUAAACCAAGUUUGAUUAUAAACCUGCGAUAUUUAUUUAAAAUGUUGUGAUUUAUUGGUAUACACAGAAACACCGUUUGUAUUUGUGCCCCUUGUAGGUAUGGUUGAUUGUUAUAUUAUUUAAAGUCGGUUACGUUACGCUUGCUACCAGGGAAGUAACCGCUGCAGGAGUUAAUACAUUUUAGCUAAAUACUAUCAAUUAUCUACACAUGUGAAAAAAAACCCGAAACAUUUGCUUGAUUAUUGAUCAAAUAAAAUCAUAUUAUAUACAAUGUAUAUAUACGGAACGAAAUAUUGAUAAACCUACAUUAUCAAAUUUUUUGGACAUUUUAAAGUUUGUUACUAAGUUGUAGUUAUUAGUUAUGCAUUUAUAAAUUAAAUAAACAAAAUAAACCAAAGUUAAACAUUUUGUGCGCUUUU